AUGGAGGGUGCCGUAGUGGUGCCGUCGCCCGCUGCGGCAUUCAACAAUGCUACGAUGUGGAAUAACUUCACCGUGUGGACGACGCAGCAUCUUGGCGUAAACAUGACUAAGUUCGCUCCGUCGUUCGAGGAUCUGGUCUGGGCAGGACCGAGAAUGGUCAUGAAGCUGGGAAAGCUGGGCUCCUUUAUAUCCUUCCCCGACGCCAUCGACGGCUUCGGUCAGCGCGUCAUUCCCGAUGCUACCGGUGCCAACCAUGUCUUCUCCGCCGGCGCCCCCGCCGCCAGCAGCUUCGUCACCAACAACGCCCCGGCUGCCGUGGAAUCGCUCGCCGCAGACCAAGACCCGGCGGCGAUUGUAUCACGCUUUUCGAUGGAGGGUGCGAGAGGACUGGGAAGCGUAUUCAGCUACGCAACGAGCAAGUGGGCCCUGUGCUGCAUUGCCAUGGCCGUUGUCUUGAACCGCACACACAUCUUCGCCGCUACCCGACGACGACUUCGGCUACGAUUGCCGGUGCGAUUCCUCCUCCGCAUCGUGCCCAUCGUUCUCUUCGUGCUCCAGGCACGCAGUCUACUACAAUCCAUACAAUGCCAGACCUCCCCUGACUUUUCCGAAUUACGUUGGGGCAACGCAAGCAAGAAGUCCGAUCUGAUGUUUGCGCAUAAGAACGCACUACUCCAUGGGCUAAGUUCUACCCUUCUGUUCGGCGCUUCCGACGAAGAGUCUUGCCUUGCAGUACGCAUGAUCCCGCCUGAUGACCGUGCAAAUCCGGAACUACGCGGCUCCUUGUCCCUCUUGUGGCCAUUAUUCGGGACCUUCUGUAUGAGCCAGUUCCUCGAGACCGUCUCAUGCGCCGUACAAGGCCGACCUGUGGCCGCCGAGACUGGGAUGACUCUUUUCGAGCAUUCUCUAGCAUUUGCUGAGGCUGACGCAGCCGUCAGCAACCAAUUGGGGUGGGGUCUAUUCAGUCCUUCAGCAGGAAACUCUACCUCGCAAGCAAACAUAGGAACUAACAUCGCUAUCAGCCGGGCUAUGAUCCUGAAGAGGGUGAACACGCCACCUGAGGUCCUCCUUGUCGCUUUCUUGUCCACCAUGAGCCACAUCAGCAGCCAUGUCCUUGGCGUCUUUGGCCUCCAGUCCAAGUUUCGCCUGAUCAGCACCGGAUUCUGGGCACUUUGCUUUAUGGCUAGUAUCAUCUGGUAUACCAUCACAUUCUCCCUCGAGGACCCAGCAGGACAGGGUCUCCUUAGAUUCCCAACGGUUUGCAUUAUUGGCUUUAUACCUCACGUCUUGGUACUCGCAGGGAUCUUCAUUUGUUCCUCGAUCUACUCUCUGGCCCUCCUAUUGUCUGCGGCAGCGACACCACGUACCGCUGGAGAUGGGUCUCGACUGACAUUCAAGGAGAGGCUCUUACGGGCGCAUCAUAAUAUGCAGGCCAACGUAUCCCUGUCUGACCUCCGAAUCACGAUGGAGAUGGACUUUUACACCGCGUUACUUAGGGCUGGCUUCGGUGCCAUCACAAUGGCGAGCGAGGCUGUGUACCUAAACGAGGACAGGCAAGUCAAUCUUAAGCGUUUUACUUGGCUGGAGGAGGAGCGGUUCCGCGAGAUCGAAGACCUCAAGAUGCAAUGGAGCGGAACUGGGGUUCCUGGCUCGCGAUACGACUCGAUCGGCGCCAUAGGCUUGGUGCCGGUCAAAGAAGGCCAAGUAGGUGCGUCUAGCGGCUAUUCUCGCGAAAGGGCGGCUCAGAAGGUGUCCAAGUCGCGAGCAGGCGAGCGCAGACCUGUUCGAGAUGGUGUUGGGGCUGCCGAGCGAAGUGGGCGAUGGCUGAUGGCGAUGGAGUAUAUGAUGCACAUCAACAAGCUUGUGCUCACCGCUUGGGCCAUAGCAGCUUGCAGAUUCCUUGCGGCGUUGGGCAUGCAGAACCCGCCUUCAUGGCUGAAGUGGCUCUCCUCAAGGCCGAAGGCUGGACGGCCAGAGGAGAAGCGUCCCGCCGAAGAACAGGCCCAUGAGUGGCUUGCUGCCCGGGAUGGCGUCAUACAAAUUCCUCGUAACGACGGAGUGGACGUUGAGUAUGAGCUUCGUCGGAGAAUCCCCAAUACUGAGGGCCACCACUGGCAGAACGAUAUUCCACGGGAGCAAGAGGUCGAUAAUAAGCUUUAUAGCUGGUGGCUUAAAGGCGGUUGGUGGGGAACAACCGACACAAGCGGUGACUACGAACCUACAGUUGUGGAAGACCCGGAUUUCGAUGCUACAAGUGUCAUCUCUACGACAGAGACGGACAUAUCAGCAGAUUUUGGCAGUGAGGCAGACUGGGAGUCCGACGAUGGCAACAAUGACGGCGUGCGGACGCCUACACAGCGCUCGCCGUUUGCUUCACGAGAAAGCACACCAAUGAUGGAUCAUCCCAUGCAGAUGACCGACCUCGCUCGGCUGUUACAUCCACGAAGCCCAGCCGAACGAGAAGAAGCACGGGCUCUAGCAGCUCAUUUCGGCAAUGAAGGGAUCAUGACCCGCUCAAGCUAUCGACGUUUCGAGCAACGACAGCGAUCACAACUCCUCUUCUCGAACCACCAAUUCCGAGCUCCGGCGAAGAUGACGCCGGACGAGGAGGCAGAGGUAUUAGAGCAGAUUCUAGUCUCCCGCCGAGCCGCCGGCGCAGUGACUGCCGGAGCAGCCGCAAGCAACAUGGCGGAAUCGUCCUGGGCCACUGGGGCAGCUGGCCUCGGCCCAGACGGGCCGCAGUGCGUCAUCUGCCAGAGCACGCCGCGCACGAUCAUCGUCUGGCCCUGUCGAUGCCUGAGUCUCUGCGACGACUGCCGGGUGUCAUUGGCUAUGAACAACUUUGACAAGUGUGUCUGCUGUCGACGGGAGGUCAUCAGCUUCAGUCGCAUCUAUGUACCUUAG